UGUGGUCAACAGGUCUUCUAGUCCCAUAACCUGAUUGGUUCUCGAAGAGUAAACCCUACAUUCCAUAAAGUUUCGCUUUUGCAACUUGUCUGACAUGUGAAUGAAUUAAUAGCUUUUCUCACAAAUACCACUGAGGUGCUUAUAAGCGCAUUUUACGCACUGGAAAUUCACUGUACCCGGAAGAUACCCAACCCAGCGCGCUUGGGGAGUGAGUGUAUUCUACGCAGUACAGGAUUAACUGAAAAUGAUUUGGAUGCACGCUGUCAUUGUGUUCCUGUGUCUUUGUCCAAUCCACGCUGCAUUUGGGCAGGACUGUCCCAGCAGGCAGGAGAUGCAGAGCUCCCUAAAGCAGGUCCAGAAGCUGCUGUCGACCCACGAGGCUGCAUAUCUUCAGAGCCUCCGCACCCUGAGGAAGAAACUCAACUUGCUACAGAACACAGCCACCAAACAGACUGGCAAGGCAAACAAUGGUACCUGUCUAAAGCUGGACACGCCUGCCAAUGGCAGGAAGUUGGGAAAAGCGCAGACCCCAGGUCACGAGGUUCACUUCCUGUGUGAUGCGGGUUAUGAGUUGGUGGGAGCAGAGAGCAGGGUGUGUCAGGAGAGCCUCACCUGGAGCGGCCAGCAGCCCACCUGCCGCAACAUAAAUGAGUGUGCCUCGUCUCCCUGUCUGAAUGGGGGGAUGUGUGUGGAUGAGGUGAACCAGUUCUCCUGCACGUGUACCAAAGGCUGGGCCGGAGCCACCUGCCAGAGCCCUAUGCCAACAUUCUUUGUCACCAUGACGAACACCUCCUCUGCCACCUCCUCUGCGGCUGCUGCCCUCUCUCCCCCGGCUGUGACUGUUGGUCCGCUUGUUCGUCCGUCUCGCUGUACGCAGGUCCAGGGCACCACUCACUGCACCUGUGACCCCGGAUACACCAUCUCUGGGCGCGACAGCACCACCUGCACAGACAUUGAUGAGUGUGAGUUGUUCCACAUGGGUCAGGCUGGCCGGCUGUGUUUACAUGCCUGUGUUAACACCCCUGGAGGAUACCGCUGUACCUGUCCUGCUGGAUACAAUGUCACCCGCGACGGACGCAACUGCAAAGACAUAGAUGAGUGUGCCACCAGACAGAAUAACUGCACCCGGGACCAGCUGUGUAUCAACACCUACGGAGGGUUCCAGUGUGUACGUGUGGACUGCCCCCGCAUACGAAACGCCACCUACAGCAAAACCUCCCCCCUGCGUUGUGAGCGUAACCCCUGCUCUGUGGACAACAAGGUGUGCUCUCAGGCCCCUAACUCCAUCUCCCACCACUACCUGUCUGUCGUAUCCAACCUGUCGGCACCACGCACCAUGUUCCGUGUGUCGGCCCUCCGCCUCAUGGGCGACACGCUGCGUUUCUCCCUGCUAGGCCGCGGGCAGGCCAGACGCCACUUCACGGUGCAGCGGUCGGACCGUCAGACAGGCCAGCUGGUGCUGGGGAGCCCGGUGCAGGGCCCUGCUACACUGGAGGCUGAGGUGGAGAUGACCGAGCUGGAGAAAGGGGUCCAGCUGGGGAGGUACAUCACCAAGAUCACCAUGUUCAUCUCCCAGUACGAGUUCUAGAGAGGGAGAGAGAAAUAGAGGGAUGUAGAGGGAGGAAAUAAGAGAGUGAAUAGGGUGAAAGAGGGUGUGGGUAUGGAGAGGAAUACAAAGAGACAAGAGUUUAGAUAAGAGUUUGGACGAGGGGCCGUUGGCAGAGGGGUGCAUGAAAGGGGACUGUGGUAAGAGUUUUGGAGUGUCUAGGGCUGGGGGGCUGGGAGGGGGUUAGAGAGGGGUGAGGCACUAAGUCCUAACGAACAAAGAGGGACUAAAAGGAGGGGAAGAGGGAGUUGAAGUUGAGUUGAGACAUACAGGUAUGACAGGAACGGAUGCAUUUGGUUGUAUCAAUUCUAAUGACAGAAAGGGAAGGGUUUAGGGGGGUUAGAAAUUAACGAUGGGGACACGGGGUCAGAGACAUGAAAAUGAGAAAAUGGCAUAGGAUCACUACAUAGGGAGAAACCCUCACCCACUUGUGGUGGAGAUUGAAUGUUUCCCACUGUAGCAGAGAGAGCGAGCAGGGCUUAUAAAUACUAGCUGAAGUCCUUAACUGGUUUUAUUGUUUUACAUCCAACAUAUGACAAAGUGACAAUCAAUAUCUGUAAGAUGAGAAGACAUGAAGCUACACAUCGACAAUCCUAUAUUUCCUGGUCUUGUGUUAAACUUGCAUUGAUAUAUUUAUUUUGAAGGUGUUGUAAACCCCUGUUUGUUAUCUGCUUUUUAUUUAUCUGAGAAAGCACUAUUAAACAUUUAA